AUGGAAGAUCAGACGGAUGACUGUUUGCAUUCACUCAACAAGGAUUCCACAUAUGCAUUAUCACGUAUUAUGAAAGCACUUAGGGAUGAAAAGUUUGCACUUGCUGAUAAUCUUUUUUCUGAUUUGCGUUUACUAUUUGUAAAGUAUCCCUGGAUGCUUGCCCAUCUAGAUAAAGAUGAAGAAAUCAUAACGGAGUGUCUCACGUUUAUAAGUCAAAGAGAUGAUUGGAAUGUUGAUAUCCAAUGCAUUCGCAUGGUUUCCCAUGUGGCAAUGUUGGUAUUAAGUCUAAAAAAUUGUAUAAUAAAUGGACAACAAUGUGAAAGUAUUCUAAGAACACUCUGUAGUUCUGCACGAUCAUAUAAGCAACCAUGUAUAUAA